AUGCGGUUCAGUUGGCAAAGGUCCGCUGGCAUAUCUGCCCUUUUGGUCGGCUGUUCGUUAGCGCAAGGAUGGAAUGUCAAUGUGUCUAUGUGUAACUGGGAUCAAGUUCGAGGUAUACUCCGUCCAAGCUGCCCAAGUGCUGCCAAGGCUUAUAUGUCUCAGUUAGUACGAUUCGCGACACUGUUUACCUUGACGGAGGGUCACUGUGGUGGAAGCGGAAACAGUGAUGGGCUUCUUUACUACCUCAAUCUCAACACAUCAUUUGAUACAGCAAUCUCAAACCUGACUGCGUUGUUCGGCAACAUAUCGAAAGCUGGAGGAAUCGCAAACAAUAUUGCCCCAACCUACCGCGAUGGAGCGAUGUUUACGAACGACAACGAGCUAUAUCUUUACGGGUACUUCGACUCUCUCUUCACCAAUUCCCGGCUGACCAUAUGUAGUGGCCUCCUCCGUCUCACAGACAGUCAAGACCCCCCAGCUGGCAACACCGUUCUCGGCUACGAACGAUACCAGUAUGGUCCGGAUCGAGAAUCCUGGCAACCCGGCUUUAUCAUCGACAACCUCGACACUGGCGUGACCCGAUACGUGACGAAUGGCGCCGGAGUCUCUGCACCGAACGAAAACCUCGGGUUCUACUUCAGCGGUAUGCGGGGAAAGGACUGGGGACCUAUCUACGCUGACGACAAAUCGGCCAACGUGACGUCUGACCGCAUGAUCAAGGUGGAUAUGUCUAGUAUGCGCCACAACAAGUGGUCUAAUCUGUCGUUACCGGCGCAUGUUCCUGCGCGGGCUAAUGGUGAGCUCGUUUGGGUUCCUGUCGCCGAGUCCGGGGUUUUGGUGGCGAUUGGGGGAGUGAUUAAUCCAGCCACGAUCUUCUCGUCGGACGGGUUGACAAGUGCCCAGCAGAAUGCGAGUAAGCGUGUAAGCCCAGGGCUUAUGGAGACAGUGUCUGUUUACGAUGUCAGCGGUGAUAAAUGGUAUCUGCAAAACACCACCGGGGAUAUCCCCCCUCAGUUGACGCAGUUCUGCUCGAUUCAUGCGAGUGCACAAGACGGCUCCUCACAUAACAUCUAUAUUUACGGCGGCUACGACGGGCUAAGCAUGGAGAACACGCCGUCCGACGAUGUCUACGUCUUAUCUCUGCCCUCCUUCAGUUGGAUCAAGCUUUACAGCGGAAAUACUACCCAUGGCCGGAGUGGUCACCGCUGUGUUAAACCAUAUCCGGACCAAAUGCUGGUCCUCGGAGGCGUUCAUCUUGACCCGACGCAUUGUCUCGACGGUGGAGUGAUUCAAGUGUUCAACCUGAAUACUGGCAGGUUCCAAAACACCUACAAUCCGAACGUCUGGAACGAGUACAAAGUCCCGGACCUGAUCACUACUGUCAUCGGGGGAGACUCCGAAGGUGGCGCCACAAAAGCAUCACCCAUUUCCUGGACCAAUGCCUCUUUGGCAGAUGUGUUCAAAACCAAGUACACCAACACCAUUAGUACCUGGUACCCCUACAACAGCACUAGCAGCAUCUCACCCACCAUUGCCCCCGCCGCGGACAAAGGGUCCAGCUUCCCCAAGUGGGCGAGCGCCAUCAUCGGUGUUAUUUUAGGGUUCCUUUUCAUCUCAGCAGCGGCGAUAUUCUGGUUUCUCCGUCGCCGUCACAAGCUCCGAGAAUCACAAUCUACAGGUGAUCGAUCAACCCGAUCCUGGAUUCUACGGUGGUUGCACACCAGCGGGUCGGCAACUGGCGUGCCGAAAUCCGGCGACACGACAGCGCCAACGGGGUACAGCGUAUUUACGAAUGAGUCAACUAUCACUCCAGCAACAGCAGUAUCACCGCAGAGCGUGGAGGCAGGUAGCGAUCCCGUAUAUGAGAUGCUAGGUCAGUUUUUCAAUCUCCUUUUCCUUUACCCCGCUAACCACUGCGAAGGUCAUGCUACGACACUCCCUGUGGAACUUCCCACGCCGUACAACAAUAAUUCCCUCCCCAGUCCAGUUUCGCCCCCUGGCGUUUCGGGUACGGACUAUGUAUCUCCUAUCACGGUUAGCACGCCCAGUACAGAGGAUGAAGCGAGCCCGGUUAGACCGCCUCAUUAUCGCCACAUGUCUAGUUUGUCUAGUGUGCCGACUAUAGCGAAUGUGAUGCGCAAGGAGAGUCGCCACCGGCAGACAUAUAGGUCGGAUACGUCGGAAGGAAGCGUUGAGCUUGAGUGUCCGAGGGGUGUGGAGCUGAGCGGUAGCACUCCUCAGGAAGGGAGAUUGGCGACAACAAGAGAGGUUGAUGAGCUUGAGGGUUUGGGAAUAAAGGCAUUACCGUAG